AUGUCGCAUGUCAUCUCUCAAACACCCAGGAUGUCCCAGAGUGGAUGUCCUGCAGAUCUGCCUGCAGACAGGAAUAUCUCUUCAAGUGUCACUCGAGUGAUAGUGAAGAUGCCCGGCAACCAGAAGGACUUUGUGGUAGCUGAUGACACCUUGGUGAGGCAGUUCAAAGAGAAGCUAUCGGCUCACUUCAAAUGCCAAAUGGACCAACUAGUGCUAGUCUUCAUGGGCCGCCUUCUCAAAGACCAUGACACACUGAGCCAGAGGGGCAUCAUGGAUGGUCACACCAUCCACCUGGUCAUCAAGUCCAAGCAAGGCUCCCAAUCCCCAGCCCAUUUCUCCCAAAAACUGCCAACUAAUGAGACCUGGUACCAGGACAGAAACACCAAAGGAAACAGCAGUGCGGUGCACCAACCUGAGGGCCUGAGUCAAGCCCCAGUAGAAUCAGCUGUCUUUGUGAGGUCAGAUGCACCCAAGGUGCAUACCCAGGACCUGGAAGUGGCCAGUCAAGAGCACAUAACACAGAAUCUGGAGAAUCCUACCAUCCAGCAGCUUCUAUCCAACAUGGAGUUCAUGCAGCAGUUUAUCUUAGAACACCCAGACAUACAGCAAUUGAUGCAGCAGAACCCAGAGGUCUCCCACCUCCUUAACAACUCUGAGAUCCUAUGGCAGACUCUGGAGCUAGCCAGAAGCCUUGCCAUGAUCCAGGAGAUAAUGCAGAUACAGCAACCUGCACAGAACCCUGAGCAUCCACUGAACCCACAGCCAUACCUGGGCUUAGAGACAGUUUCAAGUGGGAACAAUGUUCUGGGGCAGAGCUAUGGCAAUUUCAAUGACCAAACACUCAAUAGCCUGCAAGAUCCUUUUGGGGGCAACCCUUUCAUAGCUCUCCUGGCAGGACAAGCACUGGAACAAGUCCAGUCCUCCACCUCAUCUCCACCACCAUCCAAGGAACGGCAAGACCAGCUUCCACAGCUCCCUACAACACGAGUCAUCUAUACUAGUUCUUGUGGUCUAUCCUCAAUCACCUCGACCAGUGCCACCCCCAACAGGGUCAACUAUACUUCCAGGGCCAGUGUUGCCACUAUCUCCACCGAGGGCAGGAGCCAUAUCUGUGCCAUUCAGCAGUCAGCUGAGAUACCAGCCUUACCUAGCGUAGAGCUCACCCGAGAACCCCAGGAAGAAGACAAUGAUGCCACCAUCUCUCGAGGUAGCUCUGACCAGAGAUCAGAGGAUGAUCUCCAGCCGUUGAAUGAGCAGACCGCCUCCCAGACCACAGGAGGCAUGAUGCAGUUACUUAUGAACAACCCCUACCUGGCAGCUCAGAUGAUGUUGUUCAUGAGUAUGCCCCAGGUGAGUGAGCAGUGGAGGCAGCAGCUUCCUGCAUUCCUGCAGCAAACACAGCUUUCUGACCUGCUCAUAGCCCUAGCCAACCCUAAAACAUCCCAAGCAAUAUUGCACAUUGAGCAGGGUCUCCAGCUGUUGGCCACAGAAGCUCCUGUUCUUCUGCCCUGGCUUGCACCCUACCUAUGGGGCCUGGGUUGGCGUUCUUCCCCCAGCUGCAGCUACCCUGACAUGGUGCCCCGGGCCAAGAACAUGCCAGAUAUGGCUAAGCCCAAAGGGCCUGAGUGCUGCCACAAAUGGGCAGUCCCACAGAAGCUAAAAUCCCUUGCUGAAGAUCCUUCAAACUCUCUACAAGCUCCUGAGAUUCGUUUCAGCAAACAGAUGGACUCUCUCCAGGCCAUGGGAUUUGGGAACCACCAUGCCAAUCUACAGGCACUCAUCGAUACUGAGGGGGACACCAGUGCUGCUGUCCGUAAGCUCAUGAGAUCCCAGGGAUUCUAA